UUAUUUUACUACAUAACAAAUUUAAAACAUAGAAAAAGUAAAGAAGAAACAGAGUGUAUACGAUAUAAUUAUAAUCUUUGGAAGAAGACGUUCCCAGGGUAAAAUCGUUUAUUUGACAUUCAGCUAAAAGCGAGAUUGAUUUUACCGAUAGAGAACUCUAUUUUCUUACACAGAGAUUUCCAAACCAUGAUCUGCCGGGACGUAACAAUAUAUCUGGUCUUUCCUCUGCAAAUAGUUAAGUACGUUGGCGUGGCUGCAUAACAUCUUAUGGCAUCUUACUCUGUUAAAUGGGAGUACGGUACUUGCCCAUGAUAAAUAAUAAUAAACUAACAAUAAUUAGCGUAUAAAUAAUAAACGAGAUCAUUUAAUCGGUAUUAGGAUAAAAUUUCAUAAAUUUGGUGAGUAUAUUUUAAGAAGCAUCUAAAGUUUUCCAUUGGAUGUACCAGUUUACGUUAAGACAAGAACUGGUAUUAUGACGGAAUAUAAACUCGUUGUAGUAGGAGCUGGAGGUGUUGGAAAAUCUGCAUUAACAAUUCAACUAAUCCAAAAUCACUUUGUAGAUGAAUAUGAUCCCACCAUAGAAGAUUCUUAUAGAAAACAGGUUGUUAUUGAUGGAGAAACGUGCCUUUUAGAUAUAUUAGACACAGCUGGUCAAGAAGAAUAUAGUGCAAUGAGAGAUCAAUAUAUGAGGACUGGAGAAGGGUUUUUAUUAGUAUUUGCUGUUAAUUCUGCUAAGAGCUUCGAGGAUAUAGGCACGUAUAGAGAACAAAUAAAAAGAGUAAAAGAUGCAGAAGAAGUACCAAUGGUAUUAGUUGGUAAUAAAUGCGAUCUUCAACAAUCUUGGGCAGUGAAUAUGACACAAGCAAGAGAAGUUGCACGUCAAUAUGGAGUGCCAUUUGUUGAAACUUCUGCAAAAACUAGAAUGGGUGUAGAUGAUGCUUUUUAUACUCUGGUAAGAGAAAUACGAAAAGAUAAAGAACACAGAGGUAAAGAAAAGAGAAAACGUAUGAGAGUUGGUAAUUCUGGACGCAGGAGACAUCGAUGUUGUCUCCUUUAAAUCAUUUGCUAAAAUUAAUUUUUUUUCACUCAACAGAUCAACGAAAAAAUAAAAUGUAAAAUCCUAGAGUAUAUUCACUUUACAUAAAUUUUUGCAGCUUCCUUUAUAGAAUAUCAUAAUUAAUCUUGAAGAAAAACAGUUUUUCUAUAUACUUUGAAAAAGAACAACAUAUUUAAUACAUAGUAUAGAAUAUUACAAGGAUGCUUACUCACGUGAUUACAAUUUGUGAAACAAUAUUGCUUAUAUAAUGGUCUGACAUGCAUCAUUUAACAUUUUAUGAAUUAAAGGAACCAGAACCCUUGAUUGUUAAAAUGUCUAAAUCUGCUGCAAUCUUUUUUAAUCUGCAAUCAAUAAUUAUGACAUAUAUUUAGAUUUCGUUAAUGUUCAGUUGUUGGUUUGAAGUAUUUUUUAAUUAUAUAUACCUUGUAAAAACUAUUAGUAUGCGAAAGUAUUUGAUAUGCAGAAGCCAACCUUACAUUAUGAUUUGCAUUAAUAAUUCAAUAGAUUACAUAUAUAGUGACAAAUAUUUUUUUUUUAUUUUGCUUUAAUAAACUUCAAUAUAUAAUGUAGUUUUGCAAAUCAAGUAUCACAAGAUUUUUUAUUAAUUAUUAAUUUUGAUGUUAUUUAUAUAUUUGUUUUAAUUUUGUUUUUAUCAUAUCAAAUAAUAUAGAUGUUGAAAUUCACUUAAGAUUGCAGAGAAUCACAAACCUAAUUAAAUUAAUUUGGUGCUCGGGCAACACAAUAUUGUUAAAUGUAUAUAUAUAUAGAUGUAUGUUACUGUGAUUUUGUAUAACAUUUUAAAAUAGCAAGUAAGAAUACAUUAUGAAUAUAUUUGAGAUAGAAUUUGUAAACACUCCACUUAUAUAAAUGGAGAAAUUUAAUACAUUGGUGGUUCAAAAUUACAAUAAUAAAUUACUUAUUAGUAAGAAUAAGAAAUGUGGGAAAAUAACAAAAAUGAUUAAAAUAUUUAAAUAUUAUUUCUGUAUCAUUCUUUGAUAUAGUUUUAUAAUAUGAUA